GAUGCAGGUCUUGGGAGAACCAGUUCAGAAUCGCAAACUGGUGGCUGAGCUCACCCUGACGAACCCCCUGCCCGGCCCGCUGAGCGGCUGCGUCUUCACCAUGGAAGGCGCUGGUCUCACAAGAGGACAGAAGGUCCAGGAACUCGACAGCCCCGUCGGGCCGGGAGAGGAGGCCAAAGUGAGGGUGGACUUCGUGCCCCAGCAGUCCGGCCUGAGGAAGAUGGUGGUGGACUUCGAGAGCGACAAGCUGACGGGCGUGAAGGGCUACCGGAACGUCAUCAUCGCCCCGCUGUCGAAGUGAAGCCCACCUGGAAGACAAAGAGGCUGCUGAUCCAGCAA